UAUGAAUCACCCCUGCCUUCUACAAACCACCAUUGCCAUCCACUGACCACACGCAGAAACCAACCACCAAGUUUUCUUGAUAGACAACCCCGCUGGCCGGUGUCUCAACUUGCUAUUCCUCACAAGAACAACGAUUUGACGAAGCGUUCAGAAAUCACCACAAUUUGAAAAGACGCAAUCAUGCUCUUCAUCCGUGGCACGGGAUUGGGGGGGCUACUGCUCGCCCUGGGCUUGUCGACUGCGAACGCACACUCCUGGGUGGAACAACUGACGGUCAUCGCGCCAAAUGGAACCUUCGUCGGAGCAACUGGCUACCCCCGCGGCAAUGUCCAGCGGACCGCCUCUGGCUUCAGCGAUACCGAUAUGACGUAUCUCAUCCCUCCCAACGGCCGGGCCAAUCAAAGCGAGAUCCUUCCCACCGACAAGAUGUGCAAGGACAGCCAGCAGUUGUACCAACAGACCGAAGGUAACCCCCGACUGCAGGCCAGCGCGGGCGCGGCCAUCGCUCUUCGUUUCCAGGAAAACGGCCAUGUGACCCUCCCCGGGACGCAGCCGGGAAAGCCCCCGAACCGGGGCACGGUAUACGUGUACGGAACCACCGAGCCCAAGGCAGACGAGAAGCUCCUGGACGUUCACCGCGUCUGGAACCGCGACGGCACGGGAGGCGACCGACGAGGCGUGCUUCUGUCGGAGCAGAACUUCGAUGACGGCCGGUGCUACCAGAUCAACUCCGGGAAUAUCUCCGAGCAUCGCCAGGCCGAGUUUCCUCACGUGGCCGACCAGACCAUGGGCGCCGAUCUGUGGUGUCAGCAGGAUAUCGCGCUACCCGCGAAUGCGCCGUCCGGCAAGCCGUAUACCCUGUAUUGGGUUUGGGACUGGCCGACUGCGCCUGGUGUGACGGACACGCUGCCCAACGGCAAGCAGGAGAUCUAUACCACCUGCAUCGACGUGGAUGUUGUGGACAAUGCUGCGACGCAUACGCACGUCAAGGCUGGAACUGCAGACUAUGUGGAAGACCAACCUUUGGAUAGGGCCUCGAUCCCAUCGCAGUUUGCUGAGAUCAUGGGUUUUCACCCGGCCGUGGGUGGUGAAUCCAGCCAGCCUGUGCCAUCGCCAUCCUCGACAGCGCCAGCCUCCGCAUCGUCCCAGCCAGCCUGCGCAACGUCCGAGCCAGCCUCCAAAACCACCUUCUUGACGAUCUAUAAGACCGUUUAUCCAAGCAGUACACCGGUUUGAGUGUGCUGUUCUUGACUUCGGGGCCUUACUCUUGCACAAGUAUGCUCUCCCUUGCAUAUUCCGGGAGGAGAGAGCGGUCGAGAGUCGAGCAUGAGACGCCCUGUCCUGAAGGUCAUGGCAGAUCAGACAAUUGUGACCUGUUGGGGGCCAUUCUUUC